CUCAGUUUGAAGAAAUUCACGAAAGACAACAGCAUAUCCGUACAGUCCUUGAGACCUUUCCCGACGAAUCGGAUGUGGUUUCAGAUCAACAGAGAGGUGCAAUGGCAACAGAGGAAAUGGAACACAAUGACAGUGGGCCAGUUUUUGACCAGACCCCAACUCCUCAUGUUGAUACACUCAAAGGUACUACAAACUCUGGAUCUGAUCCACCACUUACAGAGCAAGAAUGUAUCCGUUCUCUGUGGGAUUUAAUUUGUUCCAAGGACAUUGACCAAAGCAGGGUUGUUAUUGAUUACGGUGAUUACAGUGCAAACUGUAUGGAUAUUUAUGAAUCUUUCGCGGAGGGUAAAUGUCUUGAGGAUGUCUUCAUGCAGUGUUUCAUAGAGUGUAUUCGUGAUGAUUCUAAAAAUCAUCGUCGAACUCUGACAUCUAACAGAUUAAUACUUGAUGUCAACGUUGGGGCUCUGUUAAAUUUUGAAGAACAGGAACGUCACAGCAAGAAUCCUCAGCCGUUUGAUCAAAAUGUCCUACAGAAUUGCUUGCACAACACAUUGCCUGCUUUGGUGAAUCUGGAUAAAUGCAAGUCGAUAAUGGUACCUAUGCUUAGCAGGGGUCAUUGGACACUGUAUGUGAUCAAUCUACACCACCGGGUUAUACACAUUUUAGAUUCGAAUCCCUAUGGUAUACAACUUGGUGGCACCGAAUGGAAGGACUAUCAUUAUGAUCCAAUUUAUUUAGGUGGCAGGAAAUUCCCAUGGGCUAGGGUGAUAAUGAGUAGGCUGAGCAAAGCGUUACAACACGUUUGCCCCAACGCAGAAUUUCCUAAGUUUGGUAAUUUUCCAUUGGAUAUGCCAUCUAACUGCCCAACAAUGAGGACAGGGUCAAAUGACUGUGGAUUUUUUGUGAUGAGUUACAUGAAAUCUUAUGAUCACAAUGCAGGUGUCAUAUCUUCUUUCAAUCAACCAGACAAUUCCCGAGACCUACGUGCUCAUGCCCUUCAUCAACUCACAUUCCAUCGCAUCAACAAGGCGUUGCCACUUCCAUUAGAUAUCCAGAGAUUUAUGUUUGCGCGCAAUUAGUGAACUAUGUCAGAUCUAAGCAAUGGUGUGGGCAAUGUACCGUACUGUGGUAUUUUGGCCAUUUUGUUCAGUUAACAAUUGUAGGAAGCUUCCUUAUAUGUGCUGUUUUCAGAACAAUUGUCAUGCUACUUUGUGUUAGGGGUGUUACCCAGGUUCUUUUUGUGAACUUUAGUUGGCUGGAUACUUAUGGUUAUGUCGCGAAUAUGUGAACAUCAGAUGUUUUCACUUCUGUGUGCUUUAAAUAUGAUCUGUUUUUAUGUUCUGAAGAUGUUAUAUGUAUACCUCAUUCCUUAAUAUUACCAUCUGUUUAUA